AUGGCGACAUCCUUGUCAAACAUGUUCUUCAAGGGACUCGCAAAUCGUUCUCUCACCAGACCCUUAAAUGGGUUGUUUUAUUGCACGAGAUACUCAACUAGUGUCUCAAAUGAUUCUGACACGCAUGAUGACUUCAAGCCAGCUAAUAAGCUUGAGGGUUCUGACAUUUCUUUGGCAAACGUUAUUGAGCAGGAUGUCAAGGACAACCCUGUUAUGGUUUACAUGAAAGGUGUGCCUGAUUUGCCACAGUGUGGUUUUAGUUCACUUGCUGUUAGAGUUUUGAAACACUAUGAUGUUCCUAUAAGUGCUAGAAACAUUUUGGAGGAUGCUGAACUAAAAAAUGCUGUAAAGGCCUUCAGUAACUGGCCAACAUUUCCGCAAAUUUUCAUCAAGGGAGAGUUUAUUGGUGGGUCAGAUAUUAUUCUCAAUAUGCACCAGACUGGUGAGUUGAAAGAAAAGCUUAAAGAUGUUACUUCCAAGAAGUAA